UAAAACCCAAAACCCUCGCCGCAGAAGCUGAUUGAUGCUCCGUCACAAGAUGCCGAACUCGCUGCUAGCCUCUCGUAACAGGCGGCGUAGAUCCAAAUCCAAAUCCAAAAGACAAAAGCUCAUUGAGAAUCAACGUGAGCCUCAAUGUCAAGAGACGGCACUAACAGAGGAAGAGGAGCAGGAAGAAGAAGAUGAAGGAAACGGGUUCAAGCUCAAAACUUCAGCCAAGCACGGAGUCCAACCUCUCGGUAACCUCUACUUCGUCAACAAGGGCGCCGUCAACGUGCGAAACACCGGUCUAGGCAACCUCCAUGUCCUCACCGACGAGCUCGUUCUAGAAAUCCUAGCUCUCCUCGACGCGGCCCAUCUCGGCGUUUUAUCCACCGUCACCAAAUCCUUCUACGUAUUCGCUAACCACGAGCCUCUCUGGAGAAACCUCGUCUUGGAAGAGCUAAAAGGAGACUUUUUGUUCGCCGGAUCGUGGAAAGCCACCUAUGUAGCUGCUUCCCAUCCCAAGUUUCAGAGCUCUGGUGAAUCUGUUUUGAAGAUCAGAGAUUUCUACUCUGAUUACCUCUUCCAGAGCUGGCUAUGCGCGAAUCUCGAGAUGAAACGGGAGUGGCUUGAACGAGAUAACAUCACCCGCGUGAGAGGCCUUUCCGUUGAAGACUUCAUCACUAACUUCGAGGAACCGAAUAAGCCUGUUUUAUUGGAAGGGUGUUUGGAUGACUGGGGUGCGGUUAAGAAAUGGAGUAAAGAGUAUCUGAGUGACGUGGCUGGUGACGUGGAGUUCGCUGUUGGUCCGGUUGAGAUGAAGCUCGAGAACUACUUUAAGUACUCCGACGGAGUUACCGAGGAGAGGCCGUUGUACUUGUUUGAUCCCAAGUUUGCUGAGAAAGUCCCCGUUUUGGAUUCGGAGUAUGAGGCUCCUGUUUAUUUUAGAGAGGACUUGUUUAGUGUUUUGGGAAACGAGCGGCCUGAUUAUAGAUGGAUUAUCAUCGGACCGUCCGGGUCUGGUUCUUCUUUCCACAUUGAUCCUAACUCGACCUCUGCUUGGAACGCGGUGAUCACGGGUUCGAAGAAGUGGGUUUUGUUCCCGCCGGAUGUGGUUCCUCCGGGUGUGCAUCCGAGUCCUGAUGGAGCGGAGGUGGCGUGUCCUGUUUCGAUAAUGGAGUGGUUUAUGAACUUUUAUGGUGAUACUAGGAGUUGGAAGAAGAGGCCUGUUGAGUGUGUGUGCAAAGCUGGGGAGGUGAUGUUUGUUCCUAAUGGAUGGUGGCAUCUGGUGAUUAAUUUGGAGGAAUCUAUUGCUAUUACUCAGAACUAUGUUAGCAGGAGGAAUCUAUUGAAUGUGUUGGAGUUUCUGAAGAAACCAAAUGCUAAAGAGCUCGUCUCAGGAACAAACGACAGAGAGAACUUGCAUGACAAAUUCAAUGAGGCCAUCGAAGAAGCCUACCCAGGAACCAUCCAAGAGCUAGAGAAGAAAGCAGAAGAAAAGAGAAUAGCCGAAGAACAAAAAGUCACUUUCUGGGACGCUGCAACAGAUUCCAAAUCUGGUGCCUUCAAGUUCUCUUUCUAAACACAAACAUCAACUCCAAAUUUUUUAUUGUAACAUUUUCUUUUUCAUGAGGAACAACAAACAACCUAUGUGCUCUAUAAAGUUUAAUCCUUUAUAAAGUUUCAAACUUUAACUUAA